AUGGGUUGUUCCUGUUCGGGGGUGCUGUUGGUGUUCUCCUGUACCAGCGACGCGCGGUGCUAUUCUGCGCGGGCCUUGCGGAUCGUCCACUCUUCCGCAGUGUACAUCCUCGGUGCUGGGCUCUAUUCAUCGUUCUUUGACUAUAGCCAGGAAUGUCUUAACACGAGCGACUGCCAGAGUUGUGCUGUUGAGAUCCAGCAGAGCUCGGAUUUAUGGGUGUGUUACCUAUGUACUAAGGCCAUCGUAGAGAUGGUGACUCCUAUUGCCGGGGUUGCCACAUUGGCCAAAGACAAUAUUAAUGGAUUUUUGUCUUCCAUUCUGGCCUUGCUGGAGGGUUCCAGAGAUGUCACUGGUCAGCUUGAUUCCGAGGGGUUUCAACUUUUCACCCUCAAUGGACUCCGCACCCAGAAUGUGCCUGAGACAUGCAAGACAGCGUUAAGCGCAAAAGUCCCGUGCGACUUUUGGCUGAGCAUGUUUGAAGAGCCGGGAUAUAGAGGUACGCUCGGCAACAAGACGUUGACUAACUCGGUUUGUGACUCGGGUUGCGGGAAGUCACUGCAAAGCUGGUUCGACAACGUCAAUGCUGGAUGUCAGGCCUACAAUAUUUCUGGGGAGAUACCGACUCUUCAUGGAAGGCGCAUGUGGGCAGAAUACAACGAGACCUGUCUCAAAUAUCCGGAAACCGGGCUUUACUGCAAUGACUUGAUUGCCGAGUUCAGUAGCGUCACCUCGAUCCGGGAAAUGCCAAAAUCCGAGAUGUGCUCCGAAUACUACAUCAACCGUGUUGCUCUCAUACAGAGUAGCUCAUAUUCAAUUUACGAUAAUAGUUAUAAGAGCGACUUGGAACUCAUCUACGAGACUUGCGGGAAAACCGGACCGACGGAUCCUCCCCCACCAGUAUCUACAAGACCUGAUGAAGGGUCAACUUUGUGCGUAUCCAAGAAGUGGCAUACUAUCGGUCAGGGAGGCGCAUAUUGCGAGCAAGUGGCCUCCAUCAACAAUGUCUCAGCCGUUGUAUUGUACAGCAUGAACACUCAGAUCCUUAAUUGCAGCAGUAUCCCCGACAAUACCGAGCGUUGUCUACCGCUAUUAUGCGGUCGUAUUAUUUCUUACACUGAUCAAGAUACCUUGACACCCCAUCCCGGUGGAACAGGUUACACGUCAUUCCCGACUGAUCGGCCAAAUAACGCAAUCAUUGCGGAGGGAACAACGAUGAAAUGUGGAAGAUGGCAUGUGUCCGCGGAGGGUGAUAGCUGA